AUGAGUACCUCGUCGCCUCAUUUGCGUAUGGAAAGGGACAUGUCCCUCGUGGAGGUCGAAAAAAUGUCCGCUCGCAUCAUUGAGCUAAUAUCGUGCCAAAAAAGCCUCGCUCGAGCAACUAACUAUGCUUAUACACACGUUGGCACGAAUAAUCCUGAAGAUGUGGCUAUUCAGUACAUGUCGCCCUCCGAGCUAUACCAGUACCGUAUGUCAAAAAAGCGUGGUGUCCCUUUCACCAUUGAUAUCGACCGCGACCGUGUUGAAUCUCCCGAUGGUGCAAAGCAAUUUCCCCGUAUGGCCCUGGCUCUGGAUCGGCUUUUCCAGAAAACUGGCCAUACCCGUGAAAAUGUUGCCUUUAUUUAUCGAAGAUACCCUGGCCAUAUAGCCUUGGUGAAGGCUUAUCUCAAACUGAUCAACGCCGAACGGGAUGCGAUCUCGAACGCAGAUGUAACACUGGAUUUAUUUCAAGAGUAUCAGACUUGUCGCAAAAUCUUGGGGAACGCACAGUAUGUUUUUCAACAUUCGUCUGUUGACGAUAGAGAGCAGUCUGUGAUGAUCCGGAAAAUGCAAACCAUCAUGGAGCGACGGAUGGCUGAUCUGGCCGGGUCAAAGCUUCGAGCGUCAAAAAGAACAACACGUCCUCCUCAUCUCCACCAGCAAUCUACCGAUAAUGUGCGCUGUACACACAGUACUGCUCUACCUGAGGACGAUUCCUUAUUCCCAUCACCUCCUUCUUCCCCUAACUUGCAGCACUCGAAAUCUUGGAACGUCAAAAAACCUAGGUUUGAACCCCACGCAGAGGCGUUUUCGCCUGUAUCCAGCUCUGGUUCUUUUGGUGUGCAAAACUGCUACGAAACAAAUUCUAGUACGGCAUCUUAUCCGGACUACUUUAACCACUCUGGUCAACAAGUGCCGAUAUCACCUAUUUCACCCUACCUAAAGUGUGAUUUGCCUGUGAAUACUCCAGCAAAAACCUUGGCAAAGUUCAAUUGCGGCCGUGCUACUAGCCGUUUCCGCUUCAACAGUAAUAUUAGCUUACCUUCUGAGAGCACUCAAAGCUGGACGAUGGAUAGACCAAAUUCUGGCCAUCAUCCAUCGUUUCGCAGAUCUUGCUCAACCAUUCAACCGGUAAGAAGUCGAUUUUUCCCAGUUCCCUGA